CGUCCUCUUCUUCUGCCUCCUCCCGCCAUGGCCCCCAACGGUAUCAACGGCGUCCACCAGCCCGUCCGCCCCCUCAAGCCCGGCAUCUACGCCCCCAUCCCCACCUUCUUCCUCCCAGACUCCGAGGACCUAGAUGUCCCAUCAUUCGAGCAGCACGUCGUGCGUGUCGCGAAAGCAGGCGUAGGUCCCCUCUUGGCUGGUUCCAUGGGCGAGGCACACCACCUGUCACAUGGCGAGCGCACGACCCUCAUCAAGGCGGCCCGCAAGGCCCUCGACGGCGCUGGCCUGUCAGACUUCCCGAUAAUUGCGGGGACUGGUUCCGGCAGCCUACGCGAAACUCUGCAGCUCUGCGACGAGGCCGCAGAAGCGGGCGCGGACUAUGCCAUCGUUAUCACCAGCGGGUACUUCGCUGGUGCGCUGGACAAGCGGGCGUUGAAGGCCUUCUAUACGGAGGUGGCGGAGAAGAGCCCGAUCCCGGUGAUGAUAUACAACUUCCCCGGUGCAAGUGGAGGCAUCGAUAUCGACUCGGACCUCAUCACAGAACUCGCCACGGAAUGUCCAAACCUCUGCGGUGUAAAGCUAACAUGUGGUAACGUCGGCAAACUCACGCGGGUGUGCGCAACCGUCUCCGACGCCUCCUUCUCCUCCCUCCACCCGCGCAAGAACGCCGCGGCGCCCUUCCUCGUGCUCGGCGGGUUCAUCGACUUCCUCGUGCCCGCCGCCUACGCGAACGGCCACGGCGCGAUCACGGGGCUCGCGAACGUCGCCCCGCACGCGUGCUCGCGGCUCUACGCGCUCGCGGAGCAAUCCAAGGCCGACGCGUCCGUGCUGCCCGAGGCGCUGCGCGUGCAGGGCAUCGUCGCGCGCGCGGACUACACCAUCGCCAAGUACAGCAUCGCCGGGACGAAGUAUCUCAUCGAGAAGCUUUACGGGUACGGCGGCGUGCCGCGGAAGCCGCUGUUGGGCCUGCUGGAGGAAAAGAAGGACGAGAUCUGGGCGCACCCGCAUACGCAAGACUUGGUCAAACUGGAGAGGGAGCUGUCGGGCAAGGCUUAGACUGUCCGAAGGCACGACUAGAUGUCAGUGGUCGCAAGGAUUGCCGGAUAGAUAUACUUGUAUCUUUGGAAUAGUCCCGGAGGGGAGGUGGUAGGUAUUAUCGGAUGUUUAUUAUUUUGCCCUCCACACAUGUGUCACUAUGCAGCACAACAAUGUAUUACUUGACAUUUUGGUCUCAGCGAAGAGCCCGCCGAAGUGAUCCUCCGGUGUCCACCCUG